UGCGCACGCGUACAGCUACGACGCUGCAGCCUGGCGGACGAACCGCGAAACAAAACAACGGCCAGUUACAUAUUCAACAAUCGUUUCUUCCUGUCACUAACAUUUCGCUCUUACGGAAGUCAGAAAGUACCGUGGCGUGUGUUGUGCCAGCCGAACAGAGGUGUCGGCUUCAGACUACAGUAUUCGCUGAUAACUAACAUCUGAUAUGAGAGCAGGAAUGGAAUGCUGAUCGCAUGAGAAGGUAACACUGGAUCCAAAGCUGCAGAGCCUACCCAACAUCCGCGCAGAGCUGGAGGAACAGUUAUUCCGUGUUCUCGAGAAGAACACGGAAUUAUCAUUACAGAACACAGACCUUCGAAAGCAGGUUCAACAGCUUCAAAAUGUGAAUGGCGCGAAUUUGGAUUUGACGCAGCCUGCGGACACUUUGGAGUUCAUCCUCAAGCAAAUGCGCGAGGCUGCGGACAAGAGAAAGGAACUCGAGAACCAACAUGCAGAAGCGCUGUCUCAACUACGAGAGAAGCAAAACGAACUUCAACGAAUAUCCAAGUACAACGUCAGCACUCCUGAGAAAGUCAAGUCAAAUGAGACCAUUGAAGCAUUGCAGUCAAAGAUCCGCGAGUUGGAGAAGAAGACAGAACUGCAGCAUGUCCGCCACGAGGAGCUGCUACUGGAGAUGGCGAGCAUCAAGCGGUCUACCACCAACAACGUGCCUUCAAGCGACAAGAGCUGGAAGUCCUCCAGAGCGCCCGCGAACCAAGACAUCCACAACUCACCCGAGUCGGAAAACUCCGAACCAGACUCCUACCGUGUGGACGGAGACUCGCGCCUGACGCCCCUGGCGGGCGACUCCGCGGUGGAGCCGCGGGGGUCAGGUCGUGCCGCCCCCAGCGCCGCCCCCGCCGCCCCCGGCGCCGCCCCCGCCGCCCCCAGGUCCAGCAACAACCCAGGUUACGAUGUAGCAGGCGCGCGCCACUUCUCCCUCACGUUCCCUUACAACACUCCCAACACAUGCAUGAACACGAUGCCGCCAGCUCCGUACUCUAGACCGCCUCUGCCCCUGUGGAAGAGUUCCUCCGUGGCAGACCUCGCCUCCUCCUGCCGUGCAAAUCCCCAUUUUGUGACAGCCUCCCGCCAUCUUGUGCUUCAACCUCCAAACUCACUCCCACUUUCAAUUCCCGGAACGGCGCCCCCCGCAGUGGCCGACCAGAGCCAUGCUCACACUGCACAUGCGCACAUGCAAGCCCCGGGACUGAAGGCCGCCUCGCCGGGUGCCGCAGCCAACUCCGAGAUCGAUCGCAUCAUGGCCAAGAUCGACCAGGAUAAUCGAAUUCUGGCUGAGCUGGACAAGACGCGCUCAACAAUCGAACUGCAUCCAGGGAGUUGCAAUCGAGAGACGAGUCCAGGGGAGGCAAGCCCUACACAUUCAAGAGAGUUGGGCAUGAGCGGGCCUGCGCACGCAUGUCCUCAGCCUGCUACCGAGCAGCAGGUGAGCCUGAUGUCGACCAUGCCCCUGAUGCCGGCGCAACAGCCCGUGUUCCCCCAGUACUGCCCGGUGGUGCCCGGUGCCACGAGCAUGAUGCCCAGCUACCAGCAGCCCACGCCACGCAUCAUGCCCCAGAUACCGUCUGUGGCGCCCGCCAUUCCUGCCAUACUCACCACCCACUACGACAUAGACGCUAGAAACAACCUCUUAAAUGGCAAUCUCCCAGCAAUGUAUUCAACGUACACAGGACAAGAACAUGGCCAUGACAACAAAGUUGUGGAUAUGUUGGACAUCCCCGGAAAGGGCCGCUGUUAUGUAUACAUUGCAAGGUACUCGUAUGACCCCUUCCAACAGUCGCCCAACGAGAACCCAGAAGCUGAGCUGGCGGUCAAUGCGGGCGACUACCUCCUCGUGUGGGGAAACAUGGACGAGGAUGGCUUUCACGACGGAGAGUUAUUGGACGGUCGGCGUGGUCUUGUGCCUUCGAAUUUCAUUCAAAAGCUGGUUGGCGAGGAUCUGCUGGAAUUCCACCAGUCGGUGGUGCUGGGGCUCAAGGACUGUGACGACAGUGGCAUUACCAACAUCAGCCAUGAUCUUGACUUGUCAGGAUAUUCCCAAGACAUUUUCGGAGGAAUGAAGUUUGGGACUAGGAGGAUGCGCCAUUUAACGAAGCUCAAGAGAAUCAAACGUAUCCUGCCCAAAAUAACUUCAAAUAAUGAAGUCUAUCCUAAACUUCAGGCACAACAUAAGAUUCCAGGAGAGUAUAACUACGACUUGGAGGACAUUCUGGAGGAAGACGAUGAAUCUUUGAGUGAACAGACAGGCGAGCCGCCAGAACAACUCUUCUUCUCGGUGCUAGUCCCUGCGCCCAAGCAACUCACGCUGGAGCGUCAACUGAACAAGAGCGUGUUGAUUGGCUGGAACCAUCCGCCGGAAGCACCCCCGGGCGCCAUUGACAGCUACCACGUGUACGUGGAUGGUGUGCUGAAGACCACGGUGAAGGUUACCGAGCGACCCAGAGCUCUGGUCGAGGGCGUUGACUCGACUCGGCCUCACCGCAUAAGCGUGCGUUCGGUGACGCCGAACCGACGCACAUCGCGGGACGCAGCGUGCACCAUGGUGAUAGGCAAGGACGUUCCCCUGGGACCGACGAACGUUCGGGCUAGCCACGUGACCAGCACCUCUGCGGUGAUCUCGUGGCUGCCAAGCAACAGCAACCACCAACACGUGGUGUGCGUUAACAAUGUGGAGGUGCGCACGGUGAAGCCGGGCGUGUACCGACACACCAUCACCGGUCUGGCCCCUAACACAGUUUACAGGGUGACUGUGAAAGCGAAGAACAUUAGAGCGCCUCAUUUUGAUGAGAAAAGCUUGUUUCCAGAAGAGCGACUUUCCUCCCACAUAGACUUUCGCACACUACCGAAAGGCCUGCCCGACCCGCCCGUGGACAUCCAGGUGGAGGCGGGGCCACAGGACGGCACCCUGCUGGUCACGUGGCUGCCCGUCUCCUGCGGCGCAGUCGUCAACGGCACGCCAGUCACCGGCUACGCCGUGUACGCCGACGGCAAGAAAGUCACCGACGUCGACAGCCCCACGGGUGAUCACGCACUUAUCGACAUAAAUAAGUUGCUGGGCCUGAAUCCUAAACAAGUGACGGUGCGCACCAAGUCAAGAGACAGCCAAUCAUCUGACAGCGUACCGACGCCCGUGCCUUCUACUGCUCUAAAGGGUAGGAUGACAAAGGACGUGAUGGACGGCCUAAAGACGGACCGGCGUGCCCGCGACCGCUACGGCUCGGCGGUGCCCGCGCACAUGCGCCACCCCGGCAGCGCUGGCCACAGAACCACCCGCGUGGACGCGCAUGGCCAGAUCAUCAUCGAGACCGAGGAGAACCUCAGCGACAAGGAGAUCUACCCGGCCAACCACAUCAGCAUCCCUUCCAUAGGUGGUUGUGCUCCGCGGCGGCCAGAGAUCACCAAGGACCUGGCGGGCGGGGGCCAUUACAUGGAGGACGAGUACCUGGACAGCCGGCGCUCUGGCUUCCGCGGCCACCACCAGCCGCAGGACUCGCGAGGCCCGCCGCGCGGCCACAUGGACCGAGGCCGGCCGCCGCCGCUGCCGCACGAGCGAGUGCGUGGUGACCACCACCAGCUGGCGCGACGCGACCGCCACGAGGACAGGGAGCAGUUCUUCACGGACUCCCGGCGGCACGCGCAGGCGCAGGCGGGUGACCGGGGCUACCGCGCGCACGCGCGAACUGCGCAGCGCCGCGAAGGGGGAGGAUGCGAGCGCGCGCUGCUUGCAGGGAGCAGUUCUUCGCGGACUCCCGGCGGCACGCGCAGGCGCAGGCGGCUGAACGGGGCUACCGCGCGCACGCGCGAACUGCGCAGCGACGCGAAGGGGGAGGAUGCGCAGGCGGCUGAACGGGGCUACCGCGCGCACGCGCGAACUGCGCAGCGACGCGAAGGGGGAGGAUGCGAGCGCGCGCUGCUUGCAGGGAGCAGUUCUUCGCGGACUCCCGGCGGCACGCGCAGGCGCAGGCGGCUGAACGGGGCUACCGCGCGCACGCGCGGACUGCGCAGCGACGCGAAGGGGGAGGAUACUCUUCUAGCGCGCGCUGCUUGCAGGGAGCAGUUCUUCACGGACUCCCGGUGGCACGCGCAGGCGCAGGCGGGUGACCGGGGCUACCGCGCGCACGCGCGAACUGCGCAGCGACGCGAAGGGGGAGGAUGCGAGCGCGCGCUGCUUGCAGGGAGCAGUUCUUCGCGGACUCCCGGCGGCACGCGCAGGCGCAGGGAGCAGUUCUUCGCGGACUCCCGGCGGCACGCGCAGGCGCAGGCGGGUGACCGGGGCUACCGCGCGCACGCGCGAACUGCGCAGCGACGCGAAGGGGGAGGAUGCGAGCGCGCGCUGCUUGCAGGGAGCAGUUCUUCGCGGACUCCCGGCGGCACGCGCAGGCGCAGGGAGCAGUUCUUCGCGGACUCCCGGCGGCACGCGCAGGCGCAGGCGGCUGACCGGGGCUACCGCGCGCACGCCGGCCGCGGACUCCACACGAGCCCGGGCGCGCGCGACCGCCGCGUGCGCUGGUUCGUGGCGCUGUUCGACUACGACCCUACCACCAUGUCGCCCAACCCGGACGCCUGCGAGGAGGAGCUGCCCUUCUCCGAGGGCGACGCCAUCAAGAUUUACGGAGAGAAGGAUGCAGAUGGGUUCUAUUGGGGCGAAUGCAAAGGACGUUUAGGCUACGUACCGCACAACAUGGUGGUGGAAGUACAAGAACUGCCUAAGAACAGCGGAGAAACGGGCAGAGGCCAACACUCUCACUCCAGGGACCGAUGGGGCGACAUCUACGCCAACAUGCCUGUCAGGAAGAUGAUCGCGUUAUACGACUAUGACCCGCAAGAGCUGUCGCCCAAUGUGGACGCUGAGGUGGAGCUGUCCUUCCAGACGGGCAACAUCAUCUACGUGUACGGCGAGAUGGACGACGACGGCUUCUACAUGGGCGAGCUGGACGGCGUGCGCGGCCUCGUGCCGUCCAACUUCCUGACGGAGGCGCCCGCCGAGUACGGCGAGGGCGGCCGGGCGGCGAGGGAGCGGGCGCGCGCGGGGCCGCACGGCCACGGGCCAGGGGCGCGCGGGCCUCCGCCGCCGCCGCGGGACGGGCGCGCCGACCCGCGCGACCGCAGGAAAGCACGUAGGCGGACAAUGAGGUUGUUAGCAACUUGA